AUGUCUUCAGAUAACCAUCUUAACAAAAGACAGAAAUUGGAACCGAUAAUGCAGCCCCUGAAAGUGUAUCUCCGUUCUCCGAAAGCCAAAGCACCAACUAGAGGUUCUGCAUUGGCUGCUGGUUAUGACUUAUACUCCUCUGAGAAGGCAGUGAUUCCUGGACACGGCCAAGGCCUGGUGGCUACUGACAUCAGCAUUAUUGUCCCCGAAGGUACGUACGGACGCGUUGCUCCUCGUUCUGGACUUGCAGUCAAACAUGGGAUUUCAACAGGUGCCGGAGUCAUUGAUGCUGACUAUCGUGGAGAAGUGAAAGUCGUUCUUUUCAACCACUCCAGUAAAGACUUUGAAAUCAACGAAGGUGACCGCAUUGCACAGCUUAUACUCGAGAAAAUUGUGAUGGCUGAGGUCAACGAGUUGACCACCGAGCAAUGGAAAGAAGAGACUACUGAGAGAGGUGAAGGGGGAUUCGGAUCUACUGGAGGAUUUGGAAAGAAAUAAUCAAUAGUCUGCUAUAGAAAUAUGAAUUUUAAAAGUUUCAUCAAAAUUAAAAAGAUGCGCUUGAUGAGUCUCCAAAACUCGACGAUGAUCCAAAUGAUCCAGAGUGCCAACACAAUCAAGUUCUCCAAGCAUGAGUACACGAGCUGGAACAACCAUUCAUCGUUGGUGUUUGAAAGCUGAUCUUUCUUCUCCUGUAUAUUCCUUAUCCUCAAAGUGAUUGAUGUAUUAAUCUCACCGUUUGUCCUGUCACAAUAACCCAGUAAUUCUUCAAUUUUGUACGAUUUGGCGUUGUUGAAUUGAUUGAAUCGGUCCAAGAUGGCGUCGACCUUGUUAAUGGUUGUUUGCAGCGAUUGCGAUAUCUGACUAGUUUGCGCUUGGGUGGACUCGAAUGAUUCGAGCUGCUUUUGGAUGUCAAGGCCUUUGGCGGCAAUAAUGUCUUCCCGAUGAUAGUCUGCGAUGCGGAUCCUCGACUCUGCAAGAGCGAGCUUGCUUUGGAGGCCUUUGACCAUCCUUUUUUGCUCCGAGAGAUCAUCGCAGUUUGCUGUUUCAUCACUUUCUGUCGGAUGCGAUGGGGACAGCGAUUCGCUCGAUUUUCCACCUUGAAAAAGAAAACUUAGCUUAUCUAUACUUGAGUUGCGCGAAGAAGGGGUAUCAAAAUCCUCGUCACUCUUCAAGGAUCUAGUAUGGCCAGGAGUGCGUUUUAAACUGUUUAAUCGAUAGUGCUCUAGUCGAGCAAGAGAUGCAGAGCUUUCGUUCACACGAGCAAGCGAACUGAGACGUCGAUCGUCCCCGGAGCUGUCAUCGUCUUCCUUGUGGAACUCGCCAUCAAAUCCAACAAACAGUUGCUCAUGAAGGCUUUUCAGCCGUCUGUUUUUCUGUGGGGUCUGCUUUGCGCUGUCUAGCUUAGGAAACCAGAGUUCUCCGUUUGGCCUCUUCAAUUCAUGCCAGUGCUUUUCUCUCCAAGUGAUAUCGUUGUAAUAUUCGUUAAGGUUUACUUGCCAGAUGAGAUGCUGCUUGUUGUAUUUGCUAAACACUCUUGAGGGUGGCUUGUAGUCUCCUAGAGGAAAGGUCGUGAGCUUUUCGUUGUAUUUCUUUCUGAUACGUCGGUUUCGUAUAAUUUGCAAAGGGUUGAAUACUCCCUCAACUCCUUCAUACAGUGGAGUCUGAGGAUCAGCAUCGUCGUAGUGCACUGUAUUCUGAUAGAGUUCGAUAAAGUCGUAGUAGCUUUGAAUGAUGGUUUUCACUUUCUCCGCUCGUUUCCUGCAGAUUUGAAACGUUUUGUCCUCGAGGAUGUUCGGCUCAAAUUUAGAGCGAGGCUCCAUACAAAUCUUUGGAUCAUGAGCCUGAUCUCUACUUAACUUGAGAUCAUGGACGAGCGACUUCCGAGCGUCCAGAAGCUCCUGUGUUUCCUCAACCAGUCCCUCAUAUUUAUUAGAAUCGUUUGUCAGAGUAGAGCUGAGAAGACUGUUAUGUGACUCAAACCCAUUUGGAUCCGCAGGUAC